AUGGAGAAUCCUAGCUCAUCAAACAUAGAAAAACUUCAACAAGAUUGUUAUCAUGAGUGGAUGAGAUUACAAGCCAAACGCAUGACUGAUCUUAAACAAGCGUUAACCAACGGUGAAAAAAACGAUGACGAGCUUCGAGAAUUGAUAGAGACGGUGAUUGGAGAGUUUAAAGACUAUGCCGGUAAACGUUCGGAACAAUCUCGUCGAUAUAGCUCAAACUAUUUCGCUCCGACAUGGAACACUUGUCUUGAAAACGCGCUUCUUUGGAUGGGAGGUUGUCGUCCUUCUUCGUUUAUACGACUCGUAUACGCUAUGUGUGGGUCUCAAACAGAGCUCCGUCUUGCUAACUUCCUCCGUAACGACAACCUCGACGGUCUAAGCAUGGCUCUUGGUGAGACACCUGGCCUCGACGAAGCAGGCGAGUCGAUGAGUGAUCUAACGCCUGAGCAAUUAUACAAGAUCAACGAGCUACAUUUGAAAACGGUGCAAGAAGAGAACAAGCUGUCCAAGCAAGCGGCGACUUUACAAGAAGACACGGCGGAUAUGCCUAUCGCCCUCGCGGCGUUUUACAAAGAAGAGAUAGGAGAAGCUGACGUGGAGGUGGAGAGUGCGCUUGAUAAGUACGAGGCUAAUAUGGCUCGUAUAUUAACUGAAGCGGAUAAGCUGAGGUUAACCACGUUGACUCAAGUCGUUGAGAUUUUGACGGUUGUUCAAGCGGUGGAUUUUCUACUCGCCGGGAAGAAACUUCACUUGUCCAUGCAUGAGUGGGGUAGAUUGAGAGAACAUCGCCGCCUUGAAUCUUGUGGUGGUGGUGGUGAUCCCGGUGGAGAAUUUUCCGGAGGGUAA